AUGCGACAACAACCAGCAGCAGGAUUUUUCCCUUCUCCAAGUAACUCACAAGACAUCACUUUCCUUCCCGUGAACCAAUCCCAUUCUCCUGGAAAUGACCGCCCAAGACGGGGAUACCAAUCCUGCGACAACUGCCGACAAAAAAAGAAGAGAUGCGAGCCCUCAUCAACGGAAGUAACGUGUUUGCGCUGUCAGCAGGAGUCUCGGGUCUGUCGAACAACUCAUCAGAGGAAAAGGAAGAAGCUGCGACCGGUAGUAGGCAGCACAACGUCUGACGUUUCUGGAAAUGCCGACGUGGCCACUCCUUGCGCGACACCGACCGCAGAAACUUCCCCAAGAGAUAUCCGUUCGCUUGCUGCAGACCAGGGUUCCUCCACUCUGGAGGUGGUUUCAACCCAUUGUGGCGACCUGCACUGGAGAUCGAAUACAAAGGAGCAGAUUCUGUCGACAAAUAUUCUAGAUGCAUGCGAUGCACUGGACCUUAUUACAGUCGCCGGGUCUAAUGAAAUCACUGGCAAGAAGGGUCGGGGAUCGCUGGAUUUGCAUGAAAGCCCGAACGUACCCUCACAGCCACCUGCAUCUGUCAAUCCAGCCCGAGAACCAUCAGCCACUUCCUGGGAUCGAUUUUUCUUGGUCAAAAGAGGGAUUAUCCGGGCGCAUGAAGCGGUGGAGUACCUGAGCUUCUACUUCGCACAGCUUUGGCAUCUCUUCCCAAUAAUACCGCAAUGGUACUCGUUACCAGCCCGCUAUGGCAUUUUGGCCGCCGAAGAGCCUGUGCUUACCAUCAGCCUUGUGACAAUAGCUUCCAGGUACCAUCCACUGAGCGGAUUCAAUGGCCAAGCUAGGUCGGAAAGGAUUCAUUGGCGUACUUGGCCGUGGGUGCAACGACUCUUUCAGUCGUCAAUCUGGGGAUCGUCAGCAAUGCGUAGCCUCGGUUCCAUUGCGGCCAUGUUGUUGUUUAUUGAAUGGCAUCCCCGCGCAAUUAAUUCGCCAGAGGAUCUGGUUGGUGACUGUGGCGACCUGGAGCUCUUUGAGCCACAUUCUCAGAUCUCCGACGAUGAAGCGACAGGGAUUGCGGAAUCAUACGGAAGACCUGACCCUUCGAGUACACCAGAAAGACUCAAUAUAGUGGCUCCAGCAUACAGAAGCAACAAGAUGUCUUGGAUGCUAUUAUCUACCGCCAUUUCUUUGGCUCAAGAAAUAGGAUGUUUGGGCGAUGAGCAGGUGUUGGCCCAGGCUUCUUCGAGAGGUUUAAGCGAGAGAAGUUCCGUCCGAAAAGAGUGGACUCGUCUCUUGUGCACUUUUAUUCGUCUCACUGAUGAGGCACUUGCGUUACGCCUCCGACUAGAGCCUCAAUUAGCGAGCAGUUGCUCCGUGGAGAUCGAUCGCCUUGCUUCAAGCCUAAUAGCUGAUGGACUCUCGGAAAGCGCUGUUGACCUCGCCCCCCAUAUGCGCAAAGCAAGAGAACUUCUUCAUAGCUGGAGAAAAAACCAACAGGGCACGGGGCCUGUUGUUCCAAUCACCGCGUGGGAUAGUUUUAAGCGGGGUCUAGAUUGCUGGGAAAGAAAACGCCAUCUUUGUCAAACAGGUGAGCUCAGUACGUCCUGCCUUUCCCUUCGUGGAGCCUGCCUUGACAUCGAAUACUAUUAUACCCGUCUCUGCGGACUUAGUCCUGCAGCGCACAUGUUCGAGAGCUCACCAAAGAUUUACUCUUCAAACUCUUAUAUAAAGUCACUAUCGGAGUUCGCGGAAGAGGCAACGAAAGCCUCAGUCAACAUGCUUGAACUCAUCGUGCAAAUCUUUUCGUCUUCGGAGCCUUUCAGAUACGCCGCGGUUAGAUACUGGCUUUAUACCCUCUGCGCCUCAUUGACGGAGCAGUUAGAUAGUACUAACCCUUCCAUUGACCUGAUUAUGAGAGUAAUUAAUGGUAUGAAGCAGUAUGCUCCUGACGACAUUCACAUGUCUCAGCGUUACGCCGCUCUGCUGGAAAUUCUUAUCAACGCGGCGUUGCGGACUUCACAGAUGACCACAGCCAGGGGCAAUGGAAUGGAUUAUAGCAGCCAUUCAAGUCCGUACCCGAUGGGAAUUCCGAUCUUUGAAAGUAACGAAUUAGACGUGGGGGAGGACUGGAUAUAUGACUCGAAUUUCUGGGAGACAUUGCCUGACAUGGUGGGGUUAAAUACCGUGCCUAACUUGAUUACGUCGUCUUUUGAGUAG